AUGAGAUUCCUCUUCCUCUUUCUAUUCCUCCUCAUCAGCAUCGACACGAAGGACUCGACGACGACGAGCUCAUCAGUGCAAGUCAGAAGACGGCAACGGAAAGUGGUGGUAAGAGAAUGUGAGUUGCCCGUCCCGCAAUACUUUCCUUCUCCCUCUGGUUGAUCUCGAAUCUCCAUUUGUAGGGAAUCUGACGGCUUCAGGCGGUGAGUAACGUGCCCUUUUGUGGUGUCCUCCCCCCGUGACUCCCUUAUUCCAAAUGUAUUCCAACCCAAUUUGUGCGCCCGCGAUCUCUCCGAUUAGUCCAUACCUUAUUCGGUUUUCGAGCACUUGACCAAAUGAAAAACGCGUGAAAAACGGCACGAAAUGAGAUCGAAAGGGGAGAGAGUGCGAGAGUGAAAUGAAACGGGCGAAAGUAGACGGCGCACUGCUAUCUGGUACGCUUCCCUGGGAGGCAUUUCGAGCUGAUGCGACGGCCCGUCCGACUGAUAUUUCUAUUGAUUAUUUUGAAACCGAUUGUGAGCGGACAGUUAUGGAGACGGUGCGAGGAUUCUGGAUGCAGUGAGUUUGAAAGUGAAAGCCUCCGGUUCGCAAGUUUCUCUCUUUCUCUCUCUCUUUUUUUGAUAUGUUAAAAUAUGCCGAGCAUUCUCUUUUUUCACAUACCUUUUCGGCAACUUUGAGCACAAAGGACCCGUGAGAAACGCUCGAAAAUUUUAACAAAAGUACAGUAACCUUUUGGAGAGCACGUGAGAAAAACCGCCGUUAAAAGUGACGUUUUCGUGAUAAUCGGCUUGUGUGCUCGUCCCCGUAUCAGUAUCAAAAGGGCAGUAAGUGAAAUGAACAGGUCUCCUUCCCCCCUCCAUUGUUCUCCUCAUAAGUGUUCCCUGAAAACUCGAGACCGUGCCAAAAUUGAAUACAACUUUGUUUGGCCAAAUACAUUUUUCAAAGUUACUUUUGACGACUUUCGAUUUGUUUCUCUUAUUGUUCACUGCUUUUGACGUGUUCGUCAGAUCGAAAAACGCAAGCUUACUGUACAUGCGCGUCAAGUAUUGCGCAUGCAAGAAUCCGCGAUUUUCGUGAUUUCCCCUGUUUUGGCACGGCCUCGAAAACUCACUUGAACUGCAUUUGUACGUUCGUUUCUUGCAGUCUGUUCCGGCACCACAAAUGGAAUCUCUCGUUACGGUUCGGGAAAUAUCCUCGAGGAUCUGGAAAAUGUUUGUUUGCAUUGUAUUCACUCGGAGAAGAAGAAGAGACGCAAAUAGCUUGAGGGGUGAAACGGCCAAUUUGCAGAUGUACCGGGGCUGCCGACGCGUUUAUGGAAAUCUCGAAAUAACUUGGAUUGAGGCGGACGAGAUACGCAAAUGGAGACAAUCCACGAACAGAAGCGACGGCGGAGACGACUCCGCGCCGCUUAAAACCAUUAACUUUUUCGAUCAUUUGGAAGAAGUGAGCUCAGAAAGGGAGAAAGAAAGCUGAUGGAAAUGGGAAUGGUUUCAGAUCAGAGGGAGUCUCAUCAUCUAUCGGGCUAACAUCCAGCAUCUGUCGUUUCCGCGAUUGAAAGUAAUUUAUGGAGAUGAGGUGUUCCACUCGAAUGCUCUUUAUAUUCACAAAAAUGCAAUGGUUCACGAGGUGGUCAUGAAGGAACUCAGAGGUACUUUUUUGUGAAUUCAGUCGAACACAGACAACUAUAGUGGUUUAAGUGAUUCGGAAUGGAAGUGUGACGAUACAAGAGAACCCGAAAAUGUGUUAUCUCGGGUCUAAAAUUGACUGGAACGAACUAUUAUACGACAAGACGAGACAGAGUGUGGAGACGACGAACUCGCACCAACACUGCUACGCCGACGACGGAACUUCCAUGGCGAAAUGUCAUCCAAAGUGUAAUGGUUUAUGUUGGGGAAAAGGAGAAAGCGAUUGCCAACGAGGUAAAGCGGAAUGAUUCAAAGUCCUUUGAGCCAUCUUCGCUUUCAGUGUACCGUUCUGUGUGUCCCAAGCCGUGCUCCCAAUGCUUCUACUCCAACUCGACAAAUUCUUACGAGUGCUGCGACUCUUCGUGUCUCGGCGGAUGCACGGAUCACGGCCCAGACAGCUGCAUCGCCUGCAGUAAGUACGAAAUGGAUGGGAUGUGCGUGGAUGUCUGUCCGCCGAGGAAGGUGUUCAACCACAAGACAGGGAGACUCGUUCCGAAUCCCGAGGGAAGGUAUCAAAAUGGAAAUCAUUGUGUCAAAGAUUGCCCUCGUGAGUGCAUUCUUUAAAAGAAAACAAGAAUUGAGAAGUUUUCAGCGGAGCUUCUGAUUGAAAACGACGUUUGUGUCCGUCAUUGCUCCGAUGGUCACUACUAUGACGCGGCGAAAGAUGUGAGGGAAUGCGAAAAGUGUAGAUCUUCCAGCUGCCCAAAAAGUAAGCAUUGAUAGUAGACAAUGUUUCUGAUAAAUCGUUCAGUUUGCACUGUGGACGGCCCAUUGACGAGUGAAAGUCUCAAGUUGCUAAAAGGAUGCGAGCAGAUUGAUGGCCAUUUGAUAAUUGAGAAACCGUGAGUUGAAAGGCAAAAAAAAUGUAUGAAGUGUCAGAUUAAAUUCCAUUCGUAAAGAGCUUUCUCUUCUUUUGAGUGCUCAAUGAAUGGCACUUUUUGCGCGGAGUGGACCACAUUUUCGGGGGAUUAAAAGGCAGUGGCAACUCAACCGUAUAUAAAUAUUAUUGUCUUUCACUCCCUUCCUCUCUCUCUCUCUCUCUCUCUCUCUCUCUCUCUAAUCCAGGCAUUACAGAUUCGAAGCAGAGGAACUGAAAGUGCUCGAAACAGUCAAAAUUGUCAGUGAGUACAUCACAAUAGUCGAGCAGUCCUUCCUCAAUCUCACUUUCCUUCGAAACCUGCAAAUCAUCGAGGGAAGAAAGCUUCACAAGUGAGCAUAAACUUCUUGAGAUUAGUUCAACAAUUUGUCAUUUCAGUCUUCGAUGGGCGCUCGCCAUUUACAAGUGUGACAGCCUCGGGGAACUGAAUCUGAACAGUCUGAAACUGAUAAAGACGGGCGCCGUUAUUAUAAAUGACAAUCACCGUCUUUGCUACGUGUCAACCAUCGACUGGGGAAGCAUAAUCACCUCGAAAGGAGAGGCGAACAAACCGUCGCUCGUGGCCAGAGGAAACAGAGAUCCCGUCAAUUGCAGUACGUCCAAAGUGGUUCUAGGCACAGAAAAGAUAAUUUCAUUUUAGAGCACGAGAAGGAAGUUUGUAACUCCAACUGCAAUUAUCGGGGCUGUUGGGGUCCAUCGGCUGGGGACUGCCUCGAGUGCCGAACAUGGAACAAUAUGGGAACUUGCGUUGAGAAAUGUCAAGAGGAAGGGUUUGUUACGUCCCUUUUGCUCCAAACUCUUCGAUAUUUUCCAGAUAUCUGCGCAAUCAGACGGCAAUGAAAUGCCAAAGAUGUUCGCCGCAGUGCAAGACUUGCAACGGACUCGGAGAGUUCGAUUGCCUCUCCUGCCUCAACUUCACCCUCUACAAUCCGAAUUUCGGAAACCGGAUGGAAUGUGUGGCUGAGUGUCCGGGGAAAUCCCACUUUGCAACUGCCAAUGACGUUUGUGAGCAGUGUCAUCCGAGUUGUUAUGACUAUGGGUGCGAAUAGAGUCCUAGCCACUUCUUAAUCUCUAUCUAUUCAGAUGUACGGGACCUCAUGCGAACCUUGGCCCGGGCGGCUGUAGCAUGUGUAAAUACGCAGUCGAGAACGGUUCCAUAUUCUGUAUGGAAGCUCCCGGAAAGAACGAAGCAUGCGUGGACAACGACCUUCCCAACUUUUUCAUCGCAAAUUUCUUGCCUGACGGUGUCACCGAAGCGGUCAGUAACCUUUAUAAAUUCACAAAUAAUAUUCCCUUUACAGUUCUGCAAAAAGUGUUCAGAACAUUGCGUUACAUGCAAAUCUGGCGGUCGAUCAGUCGAAGAGGACAAGUGCGUUUGCAAGCACUUCGAGUAUAAACCGAACCCGAAGGAGGGAAUUUGCACCGAAAAGUGUCCGAUCAACACUUUCAUUGAUGCAUCGGCGAACACGAGUGAUUACUCAGUCUGCAGGAAGUGUCAUCCUCAGUGCGAUCAGAACUAUCACUGCUCGAAUCCGUUGCCGACUGGAUGCAACAAAUGCAAAUCUUACUCGAUUCUAGUAGAUGACGAUAUUGUGGUAUUCCUCUUUUUGUUACGAUCGUUUAAAUAUUUUUCUCAGGAAUGCUUGAGCGAGUGUCCACACGGGAAGUUUGCGAAUCCGGCGAAUGGCGAGUGUCUGGACUAUGACAUCGCGUCCAGACAGUUCAAAACUCGCAUGCUGAUCAUUGCAAGUGUACUCGUCUGCUUCAUGUUCAUGUUCAUUUUCAUUCUGGUAAUCUAUUUUACGCGCUUUCUCCUCCCGUGCACCGAUUCCAAUUUCAGCUCAUCUACUGGCGUUGCCAGAAGAUUGGAAAGAAACUGAAGAUUGCCGAAAUGGUCGACAUGCCGGAGCUGACCCCGAUCGAUGCGAGCGUCCGUCCGAAUAUGAGCAGAAUCUGCCUGAUUCCUUCGUCUGAACUGCAAAUUAAACUUGACAAGAAACUGGGAAGCGGAGCAUUCGGAACUGUUUAUGCGGGAAUCUACUACCCUAAACGAGCGAAGAAUGUGAAAGUUCCUGUGGCGAUCAAAGUGUUCCAGACGGACCAAUCACAGACGGAUGAGAUGCUGGAGGAGGCGAUGAACAUGUUCCGUCUGAAACACGAGAAUCUGCUAAAGAUCAUUGGAUUCUGCAUGCACGACGAUGGACUCAAGAUUGUCACAAUCUAUCGGCCACUCGGAAACCUCCAGAACUUUUUGAAGCUGCACAAAGAGAAUCUGGGAGCCAGAGAGCAACUCCUCUAUUGUUAUCAGAUUUCUUCCGGAUGAGAUACCUCUAUCACCAGAGAGUUGUGCAUCGUGAUUUGGCCACGAGAAAUGUGCUCGUCAAAAAGUUCAACCACGUCGAGAUCACCGAUUUCGGACUGUCAAAGAUUUUGAAGCAUGACGCCGACUCGAUCACGAUUAAGUCUGGAAAGGUAGCAAUCAAAUGGCUGGCUAUCGAGAUCUUCCUCAAGCACUGUUACACCCACGCAUCCGACGUGUGGGCUUUCGGAGUCACCUGCUGGGAAAUCAUCACAUUCGGACAGAGUCCGUAUCAGGGAAUGUCCACGGACAACAUUCACAACUUCCUGAAGGACGGAAACCGACUCUCUCAGCCUCCGAACUGCUCCCCUGAUCUCUAUCAAGAACUUCUCCGAUGCUGGAUGGCCGAUCCAAAGUCCCGUCCGGACUUUGACACUUUAUUCCAGAAAUUCAAGGAGUUCUGCAAGGUUCCCCAGUUGUUCCUCGAGAAUUCGAACAAAAUCAGCGAGAUGGCUCUCUCCGCCGAAGAGCAGUUUCAGACGGAGAGGAUCCGUGAAAUGUUCGACGGAACCAUCGAUCCACAGUCUUACUUUGAGACUGGCAGCUUGCCAAGUUCUCCCACUUCCACAGCGACGGUGAGAAUGAGAUGAAAAGAAGUAUGAACUUCUUUUUUAUAUGUUUCAGUUUACAAUGCCUAAUGGAGAUUUGAUAAGUCGGAUGCAAUCUGUCAACUCUUCCAGAUAUAAGACAGAACCAUUCGAUUGUGAGUUGAGAGGGGAGCAUCAGAGAGAAGAUUCUUUGAUUUUCAGAUGCGGCGUCAGACAGUUCAUCGCUGGAUAAUUCGUAUCUGAUUCCGAAGACGAAAGAGUUCCAACAGGCCGGUUUGUACACGGCAGUGGUCACAAAUGAAGAUGGCCAUACUGGUAACUGCACUUCAUCUCUCAAUUCAUUGUGAACCGUUCUAUUCAGAAGUGACCCCUUCUAACGGCGACUACUACAACCAGCCGAGCACGUCUUCUUCCUCAAAUGGCUAUUACAACGAAGCGGCAAUUAAAAAGGCAGAAGACACGACAAAGGAGCAGCAGCAGCAGACGCGGUCGAAUACCAGAACGAAGAAGUGGUGCAGAAGGAGACGUGCCUUUGAUCCCUCCGUCAUUCUCACUCGUUGCCAUUUGUCCAAUUGCCAUCCCGUGCAUAAUUACAUCUCUUUUUUGCCUCCUCUCAUCUCAAAUACUUUGUACUUUUCUCUCCCUCUCCCUCAGAGCUUUUCGACCGUUCCGAGCAUUUCUUUGCGGGUUUUUUUCUCUGUCCAAACGAAUCGAAUCCAACAUGUACAGAUAUAUAAAUCUUCGGAAAUCUUUUCCCUUCGGGCUGAUUGCUCGCCUUUUUUGUGCCUUGUUUACACCACACAAACACAUCGCAACUUUUGACAAUUUUUCACGCUAUUCGGAGCAUUUGGCGAGGGCGUAUCCGACGGACGGAUGACUAUAAUGGAUGUUUGAGCUCUUUCGCUUUUUGCUCGAUCGAGCAUUAUGACACGCGUCGCUAUCUGAUUGAGCGCAUCCGAAGGGACCGUGACGUGGCACGCCGGGCGGACCCACUAAUGUGUUUUCGUUGCGUUCCGUCGCUAAAAGCCCGGAUUCGUUUCUCGAUGGCCUAUUUCUCUCCAAUACUGCCCCCUUUUUCUUUAAAAUGCAUCACAACACAACAAAAGCCUCGCAAGGAUUAUAAUGGUUCUUUACAUAAGAAGCGAGCGGUGGGCGGUGCCGUCUUCCCCCCGAUGCCUGCGCAUAAUUCCAUUUGUCACCCUUGAUUCGUCCUCUCAAUCCGUAACCAGAAGGGACCCGUCCCCAUUAGCCGCAUGGCUCGGGCUCUUUAAUUUAUGCUCCUCGUGUCCCGCAACAAGUACGCCCGUCGAGAGCCCAUCUUUUGUUGUGUGUGCUGGGCGCUCCGCCGCUUUUCUCUUAUUCUUCUUCUACUUCUUCUGCUGCUGCGCGACCAAAAACACUUUCGCGACAAGUUUAUCACUUUGAAAUGGACCCGCCCCGUCUCCUCUUUUCUGCCCAAAGUGCGGUUACGGGCGCCUCGAUUCCCCGGGGACUCUGCGGCCUUUCCGGCAACUCUCGGCUCUUCGCAUCGCCCGACUGCCGCCCGUCGAAGCUUUGUUCUGUAAUUUCGGAGAAACAUUAAUGUAACGACCGCCACGAGUCGUCUGUUAAUUGCUGUUUUCGGGCGACAAUCUGAAAUCUUUUCUCUGAAAACAGGCGGAUGCUCCGUGAGCUCUGUUUGCGUCCAUGUCUUCUUCUUCUUCUUCUUCUUCUUCUUCUUCUCCCCUUCAUCCUACUCUCAAAUCAAACUCUAUUAUGGUGUCGUUGUCGAUGUGCGCGCAUGCUCCGAGAGCCCCGACGUGUCCAAUUUCAGACCGAAUCUCUUGGGGGACUCCAUGAGCACACAGAGCACAUUGAUGUGCCCCACAACUUUUUUGGGCGGCUAACAGGGGUCGGCACUUGCAUUCUCCGAUUUUCGAGGUGGAUCAAAUUAGCGGGCGAAGAAAGGAAGAAAGGAAGGGAGGGAGACGUUCGCUGAGUGUAUCCGAUUCAAUUUCCAGCGGCUCACGAUUCACUUUCAUGUCACUUUUCGAAAAGGACCACAAACCGAAUUGAACUUUCAUGAAUUUCAAAUCGAAUCUACUCUUUCUUGAAAUUCAAAUCGAAACGGAAUUCGUUAGUGUCCCUCCCCGAGUGCCGUGAGAACUUUCUCUCUUUCCAACCAUUUUUCUGUUCGCUCAUCCAUCGCUUCCCACUCUUUGCGAAACUUGUCAAACCGCCACUUCUUUCUCCAUUCCCCAAGGUCUCCUUUAAGAUUUGUGCGUUCAGAGGAUGUCUCAAAGUUCGUCCGCUUCGAUGACGGGGGAGUACAACCUAAAAGUGCCUGCCCAAUAAGGAAAGGGCAAAUUGCUCCAAUUCGCUUGAAUUGUGCACCUCCGCCGCCAAAACUCAUCAAUUCUUGUUGGCCCUUUCUCUCUUUGUCCCUUCCCUCGACGUUUUGUUUUCGGCAAUCGCUCGGGAAGCCCACUUCCUCUUAUUCCCCCCCCUCCAAUGCCAAUAUUGUUCGUUUUCAGAAUGGCUGUUCCGUAGAUGGCUGGAACUGUGGACGCCCACGAGCACGUGGCCAAGCCCCGUCGGCCGAGUAUUUUCCGAGUGCUCAGACGGACCGGCUACGGAAAGUGUCUCGUCUGCUCCCUUCUCCUCGUUCUCUGCUUCUUUUAUGCUUCUUAUUGCCACGUCAAGCAUGAAGCAUACUCUGGAAGUCAGCCACUUCUUAUGUUAGUCUGUACAGGACAAAUUUGAAAUGCAUCCGGUCUAUUGCAGAUACCAACACGGUCCCUGUGCUCAAGGGUACAACUUUGUCCCGAUUGUGUUCGGAUUGAUGCUCUACAUCGUUUACCUAAUGGAAUGCUGGCAUAGUCGGACAAAGAUAAUAAGUAUGAAGAAGGUGCGGGUGGAGGAUGCACUCGAUUACAUAACGGCACUGAGGACGUCGCCUCCGAUCGUCUGGUGGAAGAGUGUGUGCUAUCAUUACACGAGGAAGACGAGACAAGUGACUAGGUACAGAAAUGGGGACGCGGUCCCUGCGACACAGGUUUACUACGAGCGGAUGAAUUCGCAUCAAGCGGGCAGCAUGUUCAUAUAUGACACUUGCGGAUUUAGAGUGAGUUUCCAAAAUAAUUGCGAUUAGACAUAUGAACUUUAGGACAUUUCCAAGUCGAUAACUGAAGUGGAAAAGUACCAUGUGACCCGUAUUCGAUUGUCGAGAAGCUUCGUCUUUGCGAACAUGCAAGCGGCCACCGAGUUCGAGCAACAGAGAUCUCGGUUCUUCAAUGAUAACGAGACGAAGGACGACUACAUGGAAGUGAGGGAGGGAAUGGAUCUGGCGGAAGUGGGCUUUGUCGAUGAGAUCCUCGCGUUCAACAGACCGACGCCUCCGUGGUUCCUUCAUCCGCUCGUCUUCUGGUUCUUCUCCCUCCUCGUUCUCUCUUGGCCUCUCCGAAUUUACACGGAAUGGCGGACUGCGGUUCUUUCGUUCCAAGUUGUCAAACUGUUUGGAACACACUACUUGAGGUGGGCCGGGAUUAAAGGAGGGAAUCGGGUGCGUGGGGCAUCAAUCAUUCAAGGGAUUACUGGGAAGAAGAACGAGUAGUCGGCUGGCAGCCAGUAUAGUUUUGUUUUCAGUCCGAAUUCUGUCAACUACACGGGACCCUUGACCAGAACGUCGACAAUGGACACUGUUGAGCUGGAGGCGCUUCUCAGAAGGGAACAACACUUCGUCGUGCCCUCUUACAGCGAAGUCAUGCUCAUGCAGAACACGAUUGCAAACUCGAAUGUUCGUUGGAAAAGACCGGAAGCACACCCAACAAUCUUUGCGUUUCAGACGAAUUAUCCCAACUUCCGGUUCAUGGAGCCAGUAAUUCACCCGCGGCCGUUUGUGACGACAACCAAUGAGCAUGUUGUGCUGAGAAACUACGGAGCAACUGAAAACGAAGGAGACCCCGAGCCGAGUACAGCUCCGAGACCUCUGAGAGUCAGCAGAAGCAUGACUUUCGUCGCUCAGUCGCCAUCUGAAAGAGCGACAAUUCUGGAGAACGGGAGAGGGAGGGCACUGCCGUCUAGUCGAAGAGGCCCUCCGUUACGCUCUCUUUCCAUCGGAGGCAUUUCUGCGUGGUCCAACGGGUACAGAGAAAUCGGAUCAGAAGAUUUGCAGAUGCUCAUUGAACCGGAUGAGCCUCCUCCGCCUUAUGAGGUUCAGAAGCAAAUUGCACAAUGCACAAUGUACACAAUGUAUUUUCAGAUGGCACUUCGAAUGUGUGCGCCGCUUUACGAACGCCUUCGGAGAUCGAUUUCUUCACGUUUGGCUUCGAUUUCACAUUCGAGCUCUAAAGAUCUGAAGUCUUUGACGCUCAAAAACAACAAUAACAACGAAGAUCCAGAACAGCCUUGA